GGGGGGGAGGGAGGGAGGCAGGCAGGCAAGCCAAGGCUGGGGUAAAGGGAGUGACUCGCUCCUUUGCGGAAGUGGUGCCUUCACUCCCCCAGAGUGGAAGGAGACGAGAGAGAGGCCCGCGGGGUCGUCGGCACCUUUCCUCAGCGGCGUCUCAAAACCCGUGGAGGAUGGCAGGGCGGCUCCCGGCCUGCGUGGUGGACUGUGGCACCGGGUAUACCAAACUGGGAUAUGCUGGUAAUACAGAGCCACAGUUCAUCAUUCCUUCAUGUAUUGCCAUUAAGGAAUCGGCCAAAGUUGUCGAUCAGGCACAAAGAAGGGUUAUGAAAGGUGUGGAUGACUUAGACUUCUUUAUCGGGGAUGAAGCAAUAGAAAAACCCACAUAUGCAACAAAGUGGCCCAUUCGCCAUGGCAUAGUUGAAGAUUGGGACUUGAUGGAGAGAUUUAUGGAACAAGUUAUCUUUAAAUAUUUAAGGGCAGAACCUGAAGACCAUUAUUUUCUUUUGACUGAACCUCCUCUAAAUACUCCAGAAAACAGGGAAUAUACUGCUGAAAUCAUGUUUGAAUCCUUCAAUGUUCCUGGGCUUUACAUUGCUGUUCAGGCUGUCCUUGCUUUAGCUGCAUCUUGGACAUCAAGACAAGUAGGAGAACGAACACUGACUGGAACGGUUAUAGAUAGCGGGGAUGGUGUCACUCAUGUCAUUCCUGUGGCUGAAGGUUAUGUAAUUGGUAGCUGUAUCAAACAUAUUCCAAUAGCCGGACGAGAUAUAACUUACUUUAUUCAGCAACUGCUAAGAGAACGAGAAGUAGGAAUCCCUCCAGAGCAAUCAUUGGAAACUGCUAAAGCAGUCAAGGAACGUUUUAGUUAUGUCUGUCCAGACUUAGUGAAAGAAUUUAAUAAAUAUGAUGUAGAUGGUACCAAGUGGAUUAAACAAUAUACUGGAAUCAAUGCUAUCUCAAAGAAAGAAUUUACCAUUGAUGUUGGCUAUGAAAGAUUCUUAGGGCCAGAAAUCUUCUUUCAUCCUGAGUUUGCUAAUCCAGACUUCACACAGCCCAUCUCAGAAGUAGUAGAUGAAGUUAUUCAGAACUGUCCUAUUGAUGUUAGACGUCCACUGUAUAAGAAUAUUGUCCUUUCUGGAGGCUCAACAAUGUUCAGGGAUUUUGGACGGCGUUUGCAGCGGGACUUGAAAAGGACUGUGGAUGCUAGACUGAAACUCAGUGAAGAACUGAGUGGUGGCAGACUGAAGCCAAAACCUAUUGAUGUACAAGUUAUUACUCAUCAUAUGCAAAGAUACGCUGUUUGGUUUGGAGGAUCAAUGCUGGCUUCCACACCUGAGUUCUACCAAGUAUGCCACACCAAAAAAGAUUAUGAAGAAAUUGGUCCUAGCAUCUGUCGUCACAACCCAGUUUUUGGAGUUAUGUCUUAAAUCUGACAUUUAAUGAUUGAGUUUAGCGAGGCAAGGAAAUGGUCUUUCUCAGUGCUUGUUUGUCUGGAUGGUCGGUAUUAAGAUAAGAAACGUGACUUGAAAAUAAGAAAAAAAAAAAAAAAGACCAAACACAAUUAAACAGGAAUAUUUUAAUAACUGUCUCAACAUGCUGAUAUAGUGGGAAGCCAAAACAAUUCAAAGUGUUUUUUUCUUUUGACUAAAUAUUUGAAGCUGUGCAUAAACAAAACAAAAGGAGUUGGUCUUUGUUCUUUUUGUGCCCUAAUAUUUUGUAUAUUAAUGGAAUAUCCAAGAUUUGAUGGGAUUUGAUGGUUUGUAGAUAGUCAGCUCUAUAAUUCUUCUAUUGUACUCUUAAUUGUGUACAAUGCAAGAGCCUGUUUAUAUUUCCUACUUUUUUAUACAUUGAGAAAAAAAAUAUCAGUGAUUGAAAGUAAUGUUAAUAUUUGACAAGAAAAAACACCAGUGACCAAUUGGAGGGGAAUGUGAAAAUUAAUAAUGCCCACAUGGAGUUUCAUCAUGUAAAUCUCUAAUAAUGUCAAAAUAUGACCAAUCUUCCACUUGCAUUCCAUACAUAAUGCAACUUGGCAAAUGCUUUUGGACCUGAGGGACUAGAAUCUUGGAUUAAGUGAUGCCUGCUAGUGCUUUCUGAUUAUUCGGUGCAUUUUCAUUCUAUUUCUUGCUUGGGGAAGGGGCGGGAAAGUAAAGGCAAGACUGUUGGACAAGUAUUGCAGUUCUGUAGUGUCAUUUCUAAUUGCAACCAAAUAUUCCGAUUAUGAAAAUGGGUGUAUUCCACCAUUCCAAUAAAGACACAACAUUCUUUUUUAAUAUUCAUGUGAGGCCUUUCAAUUUCAUUGUUUAAUCAUUUGUGAAGGUCCUUCUAAUCUGCAAUUACAGUUUCUCACUCCCUAAUUUGGAAAAGAUGAGAGGGGAUACAUGUAUGCAAGUGGUGUGUUAUCUAUUUAAUAGCAUAAUGCAGUUUUAGAAGCGUAAUUCUAAUUAAAUAUAUGUUUUUCAUGAGAUUUUGGUAAAUAAAGCUGUUGCAUUCCUGG